AUGGAAAUCAGCAAUAGAAAGGACAUCGAGAAAUUGAUUGCCUAUAGUAAAAGUAUUCAAGUUGGCCUCAUUGAAGAUGUAUUUAUGUGAGCUAUAUGAGGAUUUCAACGACCAAUACACUCCCCCUGAGAAAUAUGUCUAUGAUUCAGAACCUAUUCCUGAAAUUAAAUUAGAAGAACUUGAAACAAAUCUAAAUGAAGAUGAGAUGCUUAAAUUGUUAAAACAGAAUGUUCAAUCUGCCUAAAUGAAAGAUAGUAUAAGCAGUGAACCGGAUAGUUUAGAGAGUUAAGAUUCAAUUGAAAGAAGAGCUACUCCUCCUAAAAGAUAAUAAUAAUAGGUUCAACCUCCUAUCCAAGUCCCUGUUUAGAAGAGCUAAACUACUGUUGACAUGACAGAGUACAAUAAAGUUCCUGAAGAAGUAUUAUAGUUUUUGGAUGGAGCUAAAGGACGUAAAUCUAUGUUAGGUGCAGCCAUAAAAAAUACUAAGGGAACUAGUAUGUUGUUACCAUCACAAGGAAAACCUAUUAAAAUAUACUUUUUUAACACCCAACAAUAUAUUCAAAUAAAUGUUGCAAAAAAUACUACAGUUCUAUAAGUUAUAAGAAUGAGUAUAACUGAAUAUUAGAAUAGCAAAAAUUUUGAUUAGAAAUUGCUUAGAUAUCCUAAUAAUGUUGAUGCUUAUGAAAUUAGAUUUGUUGAUGAUGACUUUGAAUUUAAAGCAGAAAUGGCUUUUGGUGCUAUUGAUAAAAAGAAAGAAAUCUUAUCUACAUAGACAAAUAUCUUUUCUCUUAUUGAGAUAAGUAAUUAUAAAGAAUAAACAAAUGAUAUGUAAAUCUUUGAAAAAAUUAAUCCAAAUAUGGUUUUAAUUGAAGUGGUGAUCAUUGACUAGAAACCUGAAAAGAAUGUAACUACAAAAGUUCAAUUAGAUAAGAAUUCAAUUGUUGCAGAUAUUAUCACAUAAAUUAGCAAGAAAAAUAAAUAAGUAAUAUAUAACAAACUAUUUUUAGAUUAAUUAAGUAAACUUUCUUAUUCAAUUAAAUGAUGAUGACACUAUUUUAGAUCUUGAUUUAAGAAUGCCAGUUGUCUAAUUAUAAAAUAAAAAGAUUUAAAUUAAAUAAAAGACAUGGGCAGAUUAAGCAGAAUAAUAAUCAAUUAAUACUUAAAGAAGAGACACAAUCACAGAGUAAGAUGAUUAUGUAGAUGCUCCAUUAAAUCAUAUUCAAGCAUUUAAAUAUGAGAAAUUUACAGUAGUAAAAAUUAAUGAAAGAGGAAAAAGAUAAGAUAGAAUAUUAGGUAUAGAUCAAUUUAGAAUUUAUAAUAUGAACAAGAAAGAAAAUUUAGGUUUAUGAAUUAAAUAUAAUAUUAGGAUUAUUUGAAAGGAUUUUAAAUAAUAAAAAUACAGGCACAAAGUUUCCAGAGAGAUUAAUAGAAGAUAUUGUUGAUAUCCGUAUUGCUAAUUAAUUUUUAUAUAUUACUUUUAAAUAAGAGAGUAAUUUUAUAAUUAUUUAUUUUUUAAGAUGAUUUUAAAGAAUUGAAAUUUGAUACAUUAGAUUCUAAAAUUGCAUUAAAGAUUUAUAAAAAGAUUAAUUUUAUUAGAGACUUUUAGAUUACAACUUAAAAAGUUAGAACUUAUAGUUAAAAAUUAGAUUGA